AUGGAUGCUGAAAUUGAUACUACUGAUAAUGGAGGUGGCAAUGAAGAAGACGUUGAAGUGGAGCUGUUCUUUCGGAAGCCACCAGAAAUCAACAACUUUGAGUUGGUCAAAACGUUUUGGAUUGAUCCAACAGAAGUGAUCAUUUCAACAAACGAUCUUGCUCAAGAAGACCAAAACAAUAAACCCUCCUCGGAUCCUGAAGUGAAAGUUUUACAACCUCUUGCUCUCCGACCUCUCGAAACUGCUGAGGAUGAAUCUGGUGGGUCGUCUUGUUCUCAUUCGGAAGAUGUCCGACUUCCUGAUGAAAUUCUGGAUGAACCUUUGGAUGAUGAGGUCUUCGAAGAAGAAAAUGAAAAGACUGAAAAUGUUGAAACAGACCUUGUGUUCCGUCAGCCAAAAGAAAAAGAAAUGGAAUUGGUUUACACGAUUUCAAAGAGUGCAGUUUUCAACUUGGAUGAUUUGGAAGAAGAGGACGAAGACGUUGAUGUUGACCUCUGGUUCCGUGAGCCAACGGACACUCGCUUUGAGCUUGUCUACACAAUUCCGUUAAUGGAAGACGUGAGUGUUGAUUCUUUGGGAGAAACUUUGGAAGAUGUGCCUCCUGCCGAAGAACUGGACAACGUUGUUGAAGAAGCGUCGGUCGCCGAAUUCACAUUCAAACCAAUUGAAAAUGAUGAGGAGACUGAAACAGUGACGACUGAAGUUGUGACUGUGCUGGAACGAGGCGGAGAAGGAUCCAGGGAUUUCAUUGAGAAAGUCAAGUUGACAUCAAAUGACACUUUCGAUAAUUUUGAUGAUGAGGGAGAGGACGCUUUCCAAAAUGCAUUCGUCAAAUCUGUGGAGACUCCGGAGACACCGGUUCCCGAGUAUGAUAAGAAUCAAGAAGAUAUUAUUCAUGAUGUUUCUGUUUCGGAUGUUUUGAAGGAUGCCGCGGAGAAACUUCAAAUUAUUCAAGAUUCUGAGAAUAUUGGAACUUUGAAACAAAUUGCAUCUGCUCCAGAAUUUGUUUCUGAUAUUCGUACUCCAGAAGGAUCUCCUGAUGAAACAGAAACUACUCGAUUUGAAAUCUCUUCAGUUGAUGAAAUAAACAUCAAUACAGAGAAUGUACCUUUCCUUCAAGUCACUCAAGACACUGAUCGAGUUCCAAGCCAGGAGCCAUCAGACUAUGCUCAACUGGAAAGUAUCUCGUCGCCUGAUGAUGUUCCAGAUGUUGACCGAACAUUGAAUUCGUUGAAGAAUGAAGAUGUGUUCCCAAAAGAAGCGAUUCCAAGUGAAGUGCCAAAAAUUGAAGUGACUCCGGAAGCUGAGACUCAACCAGUUGUUGGUCUGGAAGAUUCUGGAAUAGUGGUGACUCCAGAAGUCGUGGAUUUGAGUAAAGAAGAUGUAGAAAAAACAUUGAAUGCUGAAGACGUUAUUACAGGAGAUGAUGGUGUUUUGGUAGCUAAACCAGACGUGUACACUACGGAAAAUAAGAAUGCAGAUGAUCCAGUCAUCGAUCGGGAAGAUUCUGGAAAAGUUGAAACCUCAGAAGUUGUUGAAUUGAAGCAGGGUGUUAUAGAAGCAGCUUUGAAUAGUGAAGACGUUCUUUCUGAUGCUCAUGUGAUGCCUCAAAAUGAGACUACUCAAGGUGACCAACCUGUUGAAGAAAGCGGUGCAACUGAAUCUCCAUCUGUUGUGGACUUGAAUUCUGAGGUGGUAACGGAUUCAUUGAAUAGUGAAGAUGUUAACUCUCAAACCGAGCUCCUUGAAAGCUCCAAUCAAACUUCUGAAGACUUGCCUCAAUCGGUCUUGAAACUCGAAGACUCCGGAAUCGUAGAAACUCCAGAUGUGGUCGAGCUAGAAAAAGAGGACAUGAUAGAUGCGCUCAACAGUGAAGACGUUCUCACUAAAGCUGAUGGUGUUCAAAUGUCGACCGAGAUACUCGAUAACGAGACUCCGAUUGAGGAUCAACCUGUUGUGGAUCUUGAAGAUAGUGGUCCCACGAAUAUCGUCGGCUUUGAUGACGAAGUGGUGGCUGAUAAUGAAGAUGUCCACAAAGAAGAUGAUGCAACUCCUGGUUUAGAUGAGCAGGUGCUGAAACUUGAAGAUUCCGGAAUUGUAGAAACUCCAGAAAUUGUUGCUCUGGACCAUCAAGAUGUAAAAGAUGCUCUCAACAGUGAAGAUGCUCUUCUGGAGACUGAAGGUGAUCUGGUCUCGUCUGCGGUUACUGAAACUUCGGAAGCAACUCAUCAAGCAGCAACUAUCGAUGGUUCGAAUGAAGAAGAAACCCCAGUUGAUAAUAGCAUGAUUGGCCUCGAAGAUGGUGGAGAUGUUGAAACUGCAAGCGUUGUCGAGCUGACCAACGAGAUAGCAGCCGAUGUUUUGAAUAGUGAAGACGUCACUGGAGUCACAUCCCUAUCAGUUGUUGAUUCGGAAUUUCAUGAAGGAGAACAAGAGUUCAACAUUGAAGAAACACCAGUCGUUAAACUCGAGGAUUCUGGAGUUGCGGAGACACCAGACAUCGUUGAGCUGGAUAGAGAAGUGGUAGAAGAUGCACUGAACAGCGAAGAUGUUGUCAAUGAGACUACCGCAGUUGCAGAAGCUUCAGAAUCUCACGAGGCAACUCAAGAAGAAGAGCUUCAUCAAGAGAAAACGGCUGCUGAAGACACUGUGUUGGGACUUGAAGAAAGUGGAGAUGUGGAGCCAGUAGAUGUUGUCGCAGUGAGUAACCAAGAGGUAGCCGAUGCAAUGAAUGGCGAAGAUGUUGUGAAGGUUGCUGAAGAAGUUGCAGGAGAAGAAGCAGAGCAAGUGAACAGUGAGCUUCCUCCAGAAGCUGAAGAAUCCGUGGUGGACUCUCAAUCUGAAGAAGAACAAAUUUUCAUCAAGAACCAAGAAGAUCAGGAAAAAGAAUCUACUCCAGUUGCUGGAACUGAAGAGGAAACUCUGGUUGAGAAACUGGUUUCAAUGGUUGAAGAUACUCUGCCUGUGGAUGCUAUUGCCAUUUCUGAAAAGAUGGAUACUCCUGAAGAAUCAAAGGAAACGAAACCAGAAGCAUCGAAGCCUGAAAGUGAAAGUAUGGUAGAAGCUGAUGUUGCCGAUAGUUCUGAAGACCAAUCUAAACCAGAAGAAGUAGUGCAAAAACUGGUGUCAAUGGUUGAAAACGUGCUCCCGGCUGAAACUGUGAUUCCUUCGGAAGACGUUGUUUCCGAAGAACAUAUUGAAGAGAGGGAAGAAGAUGAACAGCCUGCAGAAAUGUCUGAAAAGCCAACGAUCAUGGAGAAAUUAGUGUCAAUGGUGGAGAACAUUGUUCCUAUGGAAACACAAGAUGAAUCACUUUCUCCAGAUGUAGAAGAACAGGAAUCUAAUCCAGUUGCAGAAAAUUCUGAAGAAUCUAAAACUCCAGAAGAUACACAACCAGAGGAAACAUUUGUGGAGAAGUUUGUCUCAGUUGUAGAAAAUGCUCUUCCCGUCGACGUUGUUCUUCCUUCUGAAGACGUGCUUUCUGAAGAUCAUGUGGAAGAACCAGUCAUUGAACUUUCUUCUGAGAACGCUGAAGAUUCUACUAUUCUGGAGAAGUUGACAUCAGUGGUUGAAAGUGUUCUGCCUUCUAAAGAUAACAAGAACAUUGAGGAAGAAAAGAAGACUGAUGAAAAUGAAGAGACAGCUACAGAAAACUCAGAACUGCCUGCGGAACCGACCAUAAUUGAGAAGUUGACUUCAAUGGUGGAGAAUGUGAUUCCUUCCAAAGAUUCUGUUCCAGAAGAACCAGUAGAUCUCGAGGGAAUUCCGAAUGAAGAAAAUGAAAUCAAAGAAGUGGCCGUGGAACCGACUCUAAUGGAACAGUUGACUUCAAUUGUGGAAAGUGUUCUUCCCACACAGGAACCGAUCAAGAACACAGAGGAACCAGCCAAUCCAACAGAGUUAGUAGAAAAAGCGACACCAGAAGAUUCUGCUGCUCCCGAGCCGACACUUAUGGAGAAGCUGACUUCUAUGGUGGAGAGUGUUCUUCCUUCGAAAGAUGAAGUUUCGGAGGAAAAUCAUGUUGAAACAACAGUGGAAGUAUCUGAAACCAACGAUGCUGUUACGGAACCAACAAUAUUGGAGAAGUUGGCCACAAUGGUGGAAAAUGUUCUCCCAGCUGAUGCGAUUCUUCUAUCCGAUUAUGUCCGACAAUCCGAGGAGCGUAACUCCGAAGCGAGACAAGCUGAAGAAUUGGACCCUAGUGAUCAGGUUCCGCUCGUGCAAAUAGAGCAUCUGGAAGAAGUAUCAGCUACUCAAGACUCGGCUGUUACUACUGAAGCUGAAGAAGUUUUUGAACCAGAGGAAGAAAAAGUUUCGGGAGAAAUUGUACCUUCUUUUGAAGACACUACUUCUGAUGACCGCGCCGGAGAAUUUGAAAAACCAAACGAGAGUUUGGCAGAAGCUGAUAAGCGUGAUGAUCUCGACACAGUUCUGGAUACUUCUGAAGACCCAUCGAAACCGGAAGAAGCCAACCCAGCUCCAGAAGAAACCAUGGAGCAAAAACUGGUGUCGAUGGUUGAAAACGUGCUCCCAGCUGAAGCUGUGCUCUCUUCUGAAGAUGUUGUUUCCGAAGAAGAUAAACAGCCUGCAGAAACGUCUGAAAAUCCAACGGUCAUGGAGAAGUUGGUGCCAAUGGUGGAGAACAUUAUUCCUGUGGAAACUAGUUUGGAAACACAAGAUGAAUCACUUUCUUCUGCUGUAGAAGAACAAGAAUCAAAUCGAGUUGAGAAAGAUUCUGAAGAAACAAGAACCCCAGAAGAUACGCAACCAGAAGAAACAUUUGCGGAAAAGUUGGUUUCAAUAGUAGAAAAUGUUCUUCCUGUGAGCGCUCCCCAAGAAGAACCAAACGACACUCAACGCCACCUGAAUGAAGAAAACCAAAUAAUUUCCACUUCCGAUAUAAUUUUACCCUUUGAAGAGAACACGUCACUCGAAACACCAUUUGAUGCUGAAGGAUUCGCAGAACCACUGGUUGAAAAAGAAAAACAAGAGUCGUUCAAAGAGCCGACUGCCGAGGAUAUUAUCGAAACAGCUGACAUCAUUCUACCAGUUGAAGAGGAAAAAUCAAAGAACAUUGAGACACCAUUUGAUGCAGAGGGUUUUGUUUCUGAAGACCCAGUGGAGACCCCAGUGAAAAAUGAAAUUCAACAAGAAGACGUCCCAGAUGAAACUGAACCUGAGAAGAGUACUGUUGUCGAGGAGUUGCUGGCGAUGGCAGUUGAUAUUCUUCCAAUUGAUGGGACGGUAGCAGAGAAGAUUGAAGAGAAAUCGCUAGUUGAGAAGACUACCGUUGAAGCAUUCGAAACUCCGAAUGAGAAACCAGGAGAAUUCAGAGAAUCGGGAACUUCCGAUCCUGAGCUAGCCGGAGAAGCUGAAUAUGUUCCAGAAGAAUCUCAACCAUUACCAGAAAAGUUCGAGAGAGUGAAGAGAGGAGACCAGAUGGAGAAGGAAGAUGACGAAAACGAAAUGCAAGUGGCAACUGUUGAAGUCGAGGUUGACAAUGAGCCGCAGGAGAUGAUUACUCCCAGCAUUCAAGUAGUUGAGGUGACUGUGCAAUCGGAUGAUGAUCAUCCAGAAGAUGUCCCAACAUCAUCUCAAGAUACAGAAGAGCCUCUCACAAAAACUGAUCAACACCAGGAACCUCAUAAGAUCACUGACGUCCAUUUUGACAUUCCGAAACAUCAUGACGACUAUGGUAAUGAUUACGCUCCAUUUGGAACCGAGCCAUCUGCUAGAGUGGAAUUCAACAACCCAGAAGAAUCAAAAGAGGAAGAGGAGGACUUUGUUGCUGAACUCAACUUCCACCCGAUCCGUCAAUGGAAAGAUGAAGAUGUCAUCUCACUUCAAUCACUAAAAUCUCUAGUUGCUGAAGUUGGAUGCACUACUGAUGUAUCUGCAGAACCCCAAAUUCCGGCAGACAGUGAAUCUACUCUGAAAAUUCUAAAAGUUGUUCCCUCUGAACCGUCACUAAUGGAGCUAGACAUCUCCAAUGACCCGAGUGUGAUCCACGUGCCGAUCCCGCUCCUCGAACCAGCUACCAAGUAUUUGGAGGAGAUGGUGGAGUGGAUUAUUGCUGAUGCAGUGAAGGAAGUAGGUGAGAUGGAAGUGGUCACUGAAUCGGAGAUUAGUGAGAUGGUAGCACAAGAAUCAGAGAAUGAGUGUCCAGUUCCUGAGCCACUUGCUGAUCUGAAACUUCCGACGGAGGAUGACGAGAAGACUCCGGAACCGGAGACUCCGAUUGAGGUGGCCAGAGUGAUACCAGUGGAAGUUGAACCAGUCCAAACAAUUCCACAGAGACCGCCACGAGCGCCAAAGGUUGAAGGUUCGAAGUUGGACACUUCGAAAUCCCUGGAUCAGCACAAAUCGAAGGUGAGAUUCAGACCAUUGAACAUCAAACUAGGAAGGAGUUAUUCCGAGGAACAGCAAAAAGAACUUGUGGAGAUGUUGGAGAGACCGUUGACAGUCAUCACAUCUUCUGAGCAGAAGCCUUCUGAACCCAAACCAUCCCCUCUCUCACCAAACACUCUUGAUGAAUACGAGCAUGUUCCGAUGAUGGAUAUGCAAUCGGUUCCACAUUCUCCACAGGAGAAGUUAGAAGAAGUGGUGGAAGAGAAUGAAGAACAAAAAGAACCAGAGGACCUUCCAAUGGUGGAGCAAGUAGAGCAACCAGUUGGAUUUGUGAAGAAAGUUGAAGUGAAAACUGUCGAAACUCCAGAAGAUGUCAACGCCCCACAAACUAAAAUUUUCAUAACGGAAACUAGAAUUCUGGGAGCCGGCAAGUCUACCGAAUACGUGGAUGAUGAGGAUGGAAGUGAAUGUUUGGACUCAAUUGGAGAUUUGAGUGAAAGGACUAUUCAGAGAUUCAAUACUUCCAUCGACGAUCCAUCUAUUCGUCGUGACUCUUUCUCCUCAAUCUCCUCAUUCGGAGACCGUCAAAAGUUCCGAACCGCCAUUGAGAACAUUCGUCAAGACUUGCUUCCGUUCCAAUCUUCCGUUUCCCAGUACCUCGAUCCAUCUGUAAACCCAUCUCAACAACUUCUAGUCACCAAUUUAUCCAUGGAUUCGCCAUCUGACUUGUCGCCAAAUGCGCCACCAGCCGGGUAUGAGAACACUGCUCAAUACCUUGAGAAGCUCCAACAAGAGGACCGCCCAUCUGCCGAGGGAUCCAUCGAUUCGAGUGGAUUCGAGAAGGUAGAUCAUGAGAGUCUCGAAGAUUACACUGCUCCAGUUCAUGAUCCAAUGCAAAAGUCAGUGUUCGGAAGUCUCACAGCGGAUUCUGAUGAUUUGAAGCCACAACACGGAGACGACGGAUUCGUGUUCAUCGAACGAAACGAGGCAAACGAGGGGACUCUGAAGAAGAUGUCAUCCCACCACGACGACGUCAUCGAGAAAAACUACUUCGGAAGUGCCGACGACGCCGCCACCGCGAAGUUGCUCGAAUCGCCGAUUGCCGAGGAGGCACGAAAACUUGUUCAAGACGCCGUUGAAUCCGCGUCGGAAUACUCGAAACACGCUACUGGCGACGAUGAUGAUGAGAUCGGACGCGAGUUACUCGACAAUGUUCAGCACAAGUUCGAGCAAGUGAAGGAGCCGGUAGCCGACACGUUGCACAAGGCUUACGAUGGUCUCGGCGACUUUGUUCAUGAGACUGUGCCACAAGCGGUCGACAAUUUCGUCGAGGAAGUUAAGAAUCGUCUUCCAGAGAGCCCAGUUCCAGAGAAAGUCGAGACUCCGGAACCACUUGUUGAUAUCCAUGAUAGUGUUGACCAAGUGCACGAUGAGAUUGACAAUUACUUGAGACGCGAACCAACUCCACCACUAGUGGCGGCUGACGAGAACGCUCCAUCCUUCGACGAGAAGCCACAAUUCGGAAAUCAAACUCCAGAAGAGGAUGAGACGACGUACGAUCGUAAGGGACCAUUGACGAUUCCGGAGGAGGUUGAGAAGGCCGCCGCCGCUCACAAGUAUGAAGACGAAGAUCUUGAUGAGUUCGACCCAUUGGUCACUGGCGCUACUGGAGCUGCUUUCGGAGUCGCCGUUGGAGCUGCCGCCGCUUCAGAGGCUCUCACUGAAGAGGAGAUGUUCGGACAUCAGAAGUUCGAGACAGUGCCACGUCCACCAACUCCACCGAAGGAACUCAAUGAUGACGAUGUGAAGCCAUCGACCGUCAAUUUGGGUCCAGCUCAUCAUCAUUCACACCCAUCAUCUCCACACCAUUCGAUUCUGAAGCAUCACGGAGAAGCGUGGUUCGAUUUCAAGACUGUUCCACCAUGUGGUAGAAACACACUCGUUGGAACCGAAGAAGAACAAGUGAUGAGUAAAUUGGGAGCGAUCGGACGCGGACUGUACGCGCUCAUCGCGUUCGUUGUCAAUAUUGUUUUGCGAGUUGGACUUAAUGUUGCACUUAUUGGUGGUGUCGCUGUCAGCGGUUAUGAGGCGUACAAGUUCGCCAGAAGCUCGGGAGUUCUUCAGCGAAAAGAGGUCUUGGACGUGAUCUACUGGCGCGAUGCCAAGAAGUCGGCCAUCGUACUCUCGUUGGCUCUUCUCGCCCUCUUCAUCCUCGCCAAGUACCCACUUCUCACCGUCGUCACCUACUCCCUUCUUCUUGCUCUCGGAGCUGCCGCUGGAUUCCGCGCCUACAAGAAGAUCGAAGCUCAAAUCAAGAAGACCGACACUGAGAACCCAUUCAACGAGAUUCUCGCCAAGGACUUGUCCCUUCCGCAAGAGAAGGUUCACGCUCAGGCCGAUGUUAUCACCGAGCACGCCACCUGCGUUGCCAACAAGUUGAAGAAGCUCAUCUUUGUCGAGAGCCCAUUGGAAUCUAUCAAAUUCGGACUUAUCCUCUGGUCUUUGACAUACGUCGCCUCGUGGUUCUCUGGAUGCACCCUCGCCGUUCUCGCUCUUCUCGGAACAUUCUCGAUUCCAAAGGUUUACGAAGCUAACCAAGACGCCAUCGACCCCCAUCUCGCCACCAUCUCCGGACACCUCAAGAACGUCCAGAACUUGAUCGACGAGAAACUCCCAUUCCUCCGCAGCGCUCCAGUCGCCGCCGAAGAGAAGAAGGAUCAAUAA